AUGGAACAGAAAUCCUACGACGCAUUCGUUGUCGGGGCCGGGUUUGGAGGGAUAUAUCAGUUAUAUUCCCUCCUGCAGCUGGGUCUCACUGUCAAGCUGAUAGACAAGGCUGGUGGCCCUGGAGGCACAUGGUACUGGAACCGCUACCCCGGAGCAAUGAGUGACUCUCCCUCCCAUUUGUAUCGAUAUUCAUGGGACAAAGAAGAUCUGAUGUCCUAUCCCUGGUCGAAUAAUUACCUCGAGGCGAAAGAGGUACUCGCGUACCUGGAGCAUGUCGUUGACCGUCACAGCCUGCGGAAGCACAUGCAGUUCAACACGGAGCUGCUUUCGGCGCAAUGGAAUGAAGACGAGCAUACAUGGACUAUAGAGACCAGCGACGGUUUAUUCACGGCUCGCUACUUGGUAACAGCGCUUGGGAUCCUGUCCGACCCGAACUGGCCUGAUGUGCCGGGUCGUGAUAACUUUCAAGGCGAGUUAUAUCACACUGCCCGGUGGCCUGAACAUUAUGAUUUCAAAAACAAAAGGGUCGCCGUUAUUGGAAACGGGUCUACUGGCAUUCAAGUCAUUACCAGACUCGCACCGCUUGUCGGGUCGCUGCUCUGCUUCCAACGACAUCCCCAGUAUACCAUCCCUGCCGGCCGGCGCGCCGUCAGCCAGAGCGAGCGAGAAGAGAUCAAUCAGAACUACGACAAGCUAUUGGAGCAAGCCAGACAGAGUAUCGGCGGAAUGGGAGUCCUCGAGAGCAAGACUCCCGCGAUGAGUGUUUCCGCCGAGGAGCGAGAGGGCGUGUUCCAAACAGCGUGGGACGAAGGAAAUGCCUUUCGCUUUUUCCUUGGAACCUUCGCUGACCUAGUUAUGGACGAGGAUGCCAACCGAUCUGCCUGUGAUUUUAUCAAACGCAAAAUCAGCGAGAUCGUGCAGGAUCCGGGAAAGCGACGCAAGCUAACCCCGACCGAGCUGUAUGUGCGCCGGCCGGUCUGCGAUGUGGGCUACUAUGAGCAGUUCAACCGCGACAAUGUUGAUAUCGUUGAUAUAGCACAGAGUCCCAUGGUCGAGUUCACUACUAACGGGAUCAAGCUGGCCGAUGGGACGAUUCAUGAGCUAGAUGUGGUUAUCUGCGCUACAGGGUACGAUGCCUUCGACGGCCCUUACAAGAGGAGCAAUAUCACCGGUCGCAACGGGCUCAAUUUGAAGGAGCACUGGAAGAAUGGCCCAUCGACUAACAUGGGCAUCGCUGUCGCAGGAUUUCCUAAUAUGUUUUUGCUUUACGGCCCCCAGUCUCCUCUGGCCAAUGUGCCGACCGUCAUGGAGGCGCAGGUUGAGUUCGUUGCCGGGGCUAUAUCGCUGGCCGAAGCACAUCAAAAAGAGCAGAACAGCAUGUGCAAGUCUGCCCAAAUUGCGAUUGAAUCGACGCAACAAGGUGAAGAAGAAUGGGCUGGGUUGACCAAGGCCAUCAGCGACGCCACUCUGUUCAGGACAGCGCAGUCGUACUUUUUCGGCAAGAAUGUCAAGGACAAGGCUGAUUUUGCGUAUGUGUUUCUGGGAGGCGUGAGUCUUUAUCUGCAGAAGGUGAAGGAGUGCCAGGACGGGGGAUACCAGUCCUUUUGUGCCUUUUAG